AUCCAGUUUGGGCUUAUUAAAGCAAACGGACUCUACUUUUUUAUCAUAAAGCCCACACAGAAGACAUCGGAGCGUGAAGGCCACUAUAGUUAAAAGCGCGUCAGAAAAGAAUCAAAGUCAAGCCAAAAGACGCAACUUCACUCCGCCGUGUCCAUUCUCCGAUUACUUCUUCAAGCGAUCAAACAAAACCCUAAUUCAACCCAAUUCGAUUUUCCACAUGGGUGAACCACAACCUUCUCAACCACCGCAAAGCAACGAUUCCGACGACUCCUCCUCCGCCUCCGUUCCCGGCUCAAUCGUCUCAUCAACCACCAUCGAAGCCCCGAGAAUCACCGAGCUAAGCAAUGUAUCCUCCCCUCCUUCCAAAAUCCCUCUCCGUCCUCGAAAAAUCAGAAAGCUUUCUCCCAACAACGACGCGAGACCUUCACCGAAGGGCAAACCAUCGCAGCCACCGAGGAUCCACGCAAAGUCUCUAACUUGCGAGGGAGAGCUCGAAGCGGCGAUAACCCACCUCCGCAGCGUCGAUCCUCUCCUAGCCUCGUUGAUCGACGCACACCCACCGCCAAAGUACGAGUCUUUCAACACUCCCUUCUUGGCUCUCAUCCGAAGCAUCCUCUACCAGCAGCUUGCUGCUAAAGCGGGGAACUCAAUCUACACGCGCUUCGUUUCCCUCUGCGGAGGCGAAAACGGCGUCGUUCCGGAGAAUGUCCUCCCCUUGACGCCUCAGGAGCUUCGUCAGAUCGGUGUCUCCGGGAGGAAAGCGAGUUACCUCCACGAUCUCGCGAGAAAGUAUCAAAACGGGAUCUUGUCGGAUUCUGGGAUUGUGAGCAUGGAUGAUAAGUCUCUGUUCACGAUGCUGACGAUGGUUAACGGGAUCGGGUCUUGGUCGGUUCAUAUGUUUAUGAUAAACUCGCUUCAUAGACCUGAUGUGUUGCCUGUUAACGAUCUUGGUGUGAGGAAAGGUGUGCAGAUGCUUUAUGACUUGCCGGAGCUGCCUCGUCCUUCGCAGAUGGAGGGGAUUUGCGAGAAGUGGCGUCCGUAUAGGUCGGUUGGGUCUUGGUACAUGUGGCGGCUCAUUGAAGCUAAAGGGACUCCGUCUAAUGCUGGGGCGGUGAGUUCAGGAGCUGAUUUGGCGUUUCCGCAGUUGGAAGACAUGCAACAGCAACAACAGUCACAGCUUCUGGACCCUCUUAGUGUGUUCAGUAUCGGGGCAUGGGGCCAAACUUAGCUGGCUUCCCACCAUAAGUUGUUGUCGUCCAUGGCGUUAGAGGGUUCUGGUCCGGUCUUCAGCUACUGUCAGGUGAAAAGGUCGAGUGUUCUGCUGUGAAGAAAUAAGAAUAAAGCAGGAACUUUUGUAGGUUGGGUUUCUCAAGACACGAAACUGAAAGACUAUGCGGCAGAAACCGUCUUGUUAUGUAAAGAUAUAUAGUUUAGCCGAUGAACUUUGAUUUUCUCUUGUUGGAGGCUUAAAAUUGCUGCUUAAAGAAAGCUCAUUAUUCCUGUAAAACAGAGCCAAAUCUUUCAUUUUCUCAUUGUUAACCAGGUGUUUUUCCUGCA